AUGCUUAGCGUGCUUGUCACCGUGUGGCAUGCUCGCAUCCAACUGCAGCCAGCACAGCAUGAUCAAUCGAUGGAAUACACUUAUACUGACGACGAUUAUCCAUGGGAAUUUCCUGUCGACCUCGCGCAUGAAGCCGUUGCGAUGACUCUCCACGAGAGUGUGCAUUUUUCGCUCAGUGCAUCUGACACGGAGGCUCGUCUGGAGUGGGAGAACCUCCCGACGUGGCCGAAAGGCUUUGGUCGCACGCGUCUAGGACCACAGCACCGAGUUUUCGUGAUGGUUUUUCAGCAUCAGCACCAUUGUCUAUGGAUGCUCGAGCUAGCUCUCCUCGGCGGUAGCGAUCCCGCAGCCUCAUUCCAUCACAUAAACCACUGUUUCAAUUAUCUUCGACAGACUUUGAUGUGUGAGGCUGCAUACACAGUGGAGAUGGGAGACUUUCUGAGUGUUGAUUAUGAGAAGAAUAAAGUAGGGGACACAUUGGUCUGCAGAGACUGGGAAAAAGUAUAUUCUGUACUUGAUGAGAACCACGAGAAGUGGGUGGAGUGGAGGGCGCAUUGGGACUAGGUGAACUGAUACACCUCAUCGUGGCAAUCAACGUGUAUUGAGUGCCAUAGCUGGAACCGAGAACGUUGGAAAUGCGAUAACGAUAUGUGGGCAGGCGAAGUACAAUAACGAUGGUGGCGAUGAUAUCUGGAGCGAGCGAUAGGCUGGGAAAGGGGACGGUGUAGUUGGUAUUAGUGAGAAAGCAGAUGUUAGCUGAAGCAGCCACAUUAUUACCGAUCAUGGUGCGAUGGGCAACUAACCCUGACAGUGACCAUGUGAGUAUGGCUUUCAAAAAGGCAGGUUCACCUCGGACGGGACCCUGAAGCAGUGCAAGAUGCCCACCAGAUCAGUACUAGUGCAAAUCAUGCAAUAAAAACAUAAUAGGGAGGUUCAACGUUCAGGUUCAUAUAGCAGAAGAUACAGCAAGAUUUUCUGGCAGUGUAGUGCGAAG